AUGCUUGCUUGUAUUGGUGAAAGUUUCGAAUAUUCUGAUGAAGUUUGUGGGGUUGUUUUUUCUGUUCGUAAAAUUCUCUAUAGAAUAUCUUUAUGGACACGAACAUCUAAUAAUAAAGCAGUCUGUGAAUCAAUUGGGGCAACUUUAGAAUUGAAUUCAGGACUUCAACCUGAAUUUCAACCACAUUCAGAAUCAAUUAAAAGUGGUGCUCCUCGAGAUGAUAUACUAGCUAAUAUAUCAAAAAGGAAAAAUAAGACUAAAGGAAAAACUGUCACUUUUAAUUCACAAUUAUAUAUGUUUGCUGAUGAUAAUGUUGAUGAUGAUUAUGAGGAUUAUGAGGACGAUGAAGAGGAUGAAGAGGAUGAAGAUAUUGAAGUUGGAGGAGAUGAAGGAGAGUAUGAAAAUGAAGAAUCUAAAAUUGUAAUUAAAAAACAAAACCAAUUAGAAGUAGAUGCCAAUAAUAAUAAUAUUAUUAUUCAAAUACAAAAUCAAGCAUAUGAUGGACUAAACUUUGAUGAAGAUAUGGAUAGAGAUAAUGGUGUAGUUUACACCAAUUUAGAACUAAAAAAUGAAGAUGUAUUAAUGACAGAGAAAAAAGAAUUUAAAAUCGAAGAUAAAAACUUUUCAAAUAGUCCUAUUGAGAAUACUGAUGAACCAAACUAUAAUGGCAGUUUUGAUUCUAACAAUCAACCUCAAAUGGCACCAGAAUCCACUGGUAUUAUUUCUCCUACAAAUCAAAUCGAACUGAACAAUAAUAAUAUUCAGCCUCCUAAUUCAAAUACCUUUGUUCUACCACUUCCUGAUGAACCAAAUCAGAAUAUAAAAGCGAGUAUUACACCUGCUCUAGGAUUAUUCAAGAAUUUACUUAAGAAAAUUUCACCAAAGAAAAAAGAUGAAUCUUCAGUACCAAAUACAACAACAGAAACAACAGAGAGUGAUCAUCCUCUAGAGAUAUUUCAAUCAUUAAAUUCAUAUUCAACUGCUCCAUUACCAUCCAUAAAAAGAAGCUCAAUAGCAUCAGUAUCUUCAACAUCCUCCAACAUAUCAAAUCAUCCAAAAAUAAAAAAUCUUGAAUCAAAUUAUAAUGAAAAUCCUGUUACUGUUGCCUUCUAUCUAAAUAAAAAAAUUAGUAGAAAUAGUAGAUCAUCCAUUGGUGAUAAAAAAUUACAUUUACGUGUUAUAACAUAUGCUGACGACUUACCAACUCAUCUACGAUCCAAAGGUCCCUUGGCACCAAUACCAAGAAUAUCCUUGUCAGUAACAAAACAUCUUGCUGACAAAACAGCUAGGAGGCGUUCACGCGAGGAAGGAAAACCAAGAGAAAAACAUUUGAUUGUCAAUGGUUUGACAACUGUUGCUGAUGUUAUAUUGAAAUCAAUGAAGAAAUUUGGUAUUGUUGAUGGUAUUGUUGAUGAUGGUGAACACAUAGAAAGUAAUGAUGAUGAAAUACCACGUUAUAGACUAAUGCUUAAUAUAGAAGGAAACGAAAAGUUAUUAAAUCCUAAAGCAGGAAUCCUGUCUGAAUAUCCAACACCACCAAAUCUUAGACAUUUAUCAAUUGAUUCAUUAGAUUCCGCUUCUUCACAUGCAUUGGAUUAUCUUCCAGAUGAACCCAUUUUUGUUUUACGUCUAUUAAAACCUGAAGAUCGUAUAAAUCGUGCAAUGCCAGAUGCUAUUGAUCCAAAAAAAUAUAUGCAACAAUCAUCAUCAUCGUCAUUAGAAAAACAAAUGAUAAAUUAUAAUGAAUCUAUGAAUGAAAAUAGUGACAAUAAUGAUGAACUAUUGAAAAGAAAACAACUUAUUGAAAAGCAACGUGAAUACAGUAGAGCCAAGCAAAAGUCUAUUAUAUCAGCUCAUAAAAAUACUGAACAAGGUAUUGAUAUUGUCAUAAGCGAUGGAGCAAUUAGAAGUUCAAGGAUUUUUGGUGGGUCAAAAGUACGUUAUUCAUUUAUUUCAGCUGAUGGCGAAGAAAUUGAUAUCAGUGACAUUGUUGAAGAUAUUAUGGGUGAUGAUUAUGAGCUUGUGGUAGAGGAGGGUAUUGAUGAAGAUCCAAUAAAAGAACAACACCAAAAACAUCAAGAAGACUCAAACCUGACACCAAUAGAUUUUAGUAAUAAUAGUAGUAAUGAAGAAUCAUUGUCAUCGCCAGCUCCUAACAAAAAGAAAUCUUAUAGAAGGAGUAGUACCCAAGAUGUAGAUAUUUUGGUAAAGAUUAUAGGUCGGGCUCAAAAUAGUAAUGAUGAUGAAAGGUCAAGUCAAUCAUUAGACAAGAUUGGUCUUGUAAUUGAAAAAGUAAAACAAACUCCAUCAUAUAGGUUGAGUAAAUCAAACUUAAAUCCUAAUUCUGAUCCGAAUUUCAAUCCAAACUUUACUCAACCCAAUUCAAUAAUGAGCAUAGAAUCCGAAAAUCAAGAUACAGCGGGUAGUUUAGUUUACAAACCUAAUAGUAAAACGCAACCAUUCCAACAAACAAAAACAAGAGACAGAUCCUUUUCCAAUUCAUCAGUUAGUGAUUUUGGUUUGAAAGAAUUGUUGAUGCUUGUGAGAUCAGGUGUUAAUAUGUUGGAAUUGAGAGAGCGUAGGAAGAGUGGAUGGCAUUUAAAUGAAGAUCCUGAGAAAGUUUUGAAACAAAUUAAACCAACUGAAAUAAAAGAAGAAAUUAAAGAUAUUUUUUCUGAUGUUAAUCAACAAAUUGAUAAAAUGGAACAGGAUCUCGAUAAAUUAUUGGAUGAUGUAAUAAAUACAUUUUGA